AUGUAUGACAAUAAUAUACAGAUGUUUGUUGGUCUUAUUGUUUUAUUUAUAUCGAUUAAUACAGCAAAUGGAGUUAUUAAUAAUUCGACAAUUAGACUUCAUAAUCAUUCGAUAUCAAUUAAAAAAUUAUCAAAUCAAACGAUAAAUUUUUAUGCAGGACAAAAAUCGAAUUCUAUUGAAUUACUUAAAAAAUUACUUGCUAAUCGACAAAGUUCAACAAAAUAUAAUUCAAAAUUAUUACUAACAAACACUACUCACAAAACAGUAUUAACAUCAUCGACAAUUCUUUACAUCCAAGUAAAACCAGCAGUAACUAUUUCAAACAGUACACACGCUGAUUUUCUCAUUUAUUCACCAUUAAACCAAAUCAUCGAGAAAAAAGACUCGUCCAAUACGACAAUAUUUGUCAUUAUAUUCGUGUGUAGUUUUAGUGGUUUGGCAUUUCUUUCGUUUGUUUAUACCUUUUUUCUUAGACAACCUAUCAAUAGUUCUUACUUCAAAUUGCCUUGUAUACAUGCAUGGUCAACAGCAAAACAAUCUCGUGACACUACACCAUUAUCCUAUUCACCGUUUCAUAGUAAGCCGCAAAAGGAUUAG